UCCACAAAAUUUCGUUCAACUGAACGCUCCAGGUUUUGUGGAACCAAAGUGCUCUUUGUGGUGUUGUCGUCAUCCAUCCAACAACAUGGGGAAUGGAAUCGAUCUGCCAAUAAUAGUACUGUAAGGCUCUCAUCAUCAAAGUAAACAUGGUUACUUUGGAUAGUUCCGACAACAGCUCCCAAUGGCACAACCCUGCACGAUGGAAAAUCCUGAUCCGAUCCAUUGCAUUGGUCGUUGCCGUUCCUUGCAUCAUUUCGAAAUCAGCAACAAUACUACGGUCCACAGCAGAACAACAAGAUGAUCCAAUGACAUUGCAUCGCCUACUGCAACAAGUGGGAAAUGCAGUCACAGGAGAGCAUCGGAUAUUCUCCCCAACAGGAGAAGAUCGUUCUUCUGAUGGAUCCAUCAGUGAUAGAGGAGAUUCCUCCCUUUUGUCGGUGCAAGAUCACAUGGACAGUCAACUGGAAAACAGUAAAAAGCCAUUUGAAGGCUCGAGUCCCAUGGAUGCUAAUCUACCCUACGAACCUCCACCGUCGGACACCGGUGCGGACAGUGAUCCGGGGGGCGCCGCUGCUGAUAAUGCCAGCGACAAUGCCGACGACAAUAAUGACAAUGGAAACAUGGGCAGUGCCACUAGAGAUCCCAACAAUCCACAUCAGAAUAUUACCUUCAAGAUUGGCUUGAUCAACAAGAUUGAAAAUGGACUCCUCCUGUCGGAAGGACUCAAGUCCCACGUCAUUGCGGAAAGUGGACGCAAGGUGCGGUAUUACAAUCAAGAACAAUCGUCGUCCGUGUUUCACGAUUGGCCCGAUGGAGGAGAUGUCUUUGUCGAUACGCGACCUGAAAAUCCCGGUGGUUGGGUGCUGAUUAGCAACUCGGAAGAGGAUCGAGAAGGACAAGGCGGUGUCGGGGCCAUUACGUUUGAUGCCAGUGGAAAUGUCAUUGACUACCGCAUGGUGCUCACGGGAACCACCAUGAAUUGCAAUGGUGGCAAAACAUCUUUUGGUGCCUGGAUUUCUUGUGAAGAAGACUUUUGGAGCGCCAAUGGCAAAGUGUGGCAAGUGGAUCCGCUUGGUAUUCGGGCACCGCAAAUAAUUACGUUGGGCAGUGAAGGAGGGAUCUUUGAGGCGUUUGCGGAAGAUAUUCGAGAUCCAGCCAAGCCUCACUUUUUCCUCACAGAGGAUGAUGAGUAUGGCCCCAUGCAGCGGUUCACUCCAGAUGCCCCGGACUGGAACAAACCCUGGGAGAUACUAUUGGGACCUGGUACCGUUGACUACCUGGUGCUGCUUCCCAAUCAGAAUGAUCACACCCAGGGAAUCUAUACGUGGAUCGAAAACAAACGACAAGCGAAACAGAACGCCGCAUACUAUUAUCCCAACGCCGAGGGCCUUUCCGUCCAUGAGAAUUCACUCUUUGUAGUGUGCAAAAAGUACAAUCACCUCUAUGAAUUGGAUCUGGAUCGGUUGACGUAUACACGAAAAUCCACCAGUUCUGGGCUUUUUGAUGGUACACCAGAUCAACUUCGAAAGAUCAUUGGUCCUCCUGCCGGUGAAGCUGCAAACACCGAUGGCUCAGAGGAGGAGCCUGAAGUCUUGCUGUAUUUCACAGAAGACGGAGGUGAAAAGGCUGGCAUUCACGCGCGGAAUGCCAAAGGAGAAGUGUUUACCGUCUUGGAGGGGAUGUAUACGCCGGAAACAACUGGGCUUUCGUUCAGCCCAGAUGGAACACGAAUGUAUUUUGCCUACCAAGAAGACGGGAUGAUGUUUGAAGUGCAACGUAUUGAUGGACACCCGUUCUAUGGCAAGACAUUGAACCUCAAGAAUCAUCAAUUUGAAGGUUCCACUGAAUCUCCGACGGAACGGCGUAAACGACGGGACAAAAUUCGCCGUGCGCGAUAUAAUCGGUGAAAAGAAAGCGCAAGAUGCUGGGACAGCAACAAAUAUACAGAUAUAUGCGAAUGUUGCUUAUGAUUUUGUACAGGAACUAAAGCUAUUUAAGGUAUAGGGUGGGCUCUAUCAACUAUGAUAGGCUACGAUGAUGAAGGCAAAGGCAG